CGCUCGUCGGCUUCCUUCCCGCUGCCCUCUCGGUGCGGAAGUGCUGUUCUCAGACCUGCCACUGUUUGGGUAAACACUACGCUAGUUCAGUAGCAGGUUUUCUCCCAUCCGUGUCUCUCCUGCUGGGGCUUGUCAGCGCUCAUCUUGACCGUGCAGCAUAGCAGUAUUAUGCGAGCACCGCCCGGAGUGUGGGGGCACCGUGUGAACUGAGUUUCUUUGAAUCAUCUAUAUGGGCCAUCUUCUCUCGAAAAAUGGUUACCGCCUGAAGAAGAGGACACGUAAGCUUCAUCACAGGAAGAAGAAGAAGAGGAACUGUUUCCUGCAAGGCCCGUGCAUGCUGUGCUUCAUCGUCCACAGCAACAGCAGCGGUCUUGACGACGACAGCGACCACUUAGAGACCGGCAUCAACAGCAGCGGGUGCCAUCACAACAGUGUCACUGGAAUCAGUGUCCCAGGUGUGGGUGGAGUUGGCAUCGGAGCAGCAGCUGCCUCGAAGCUCGCUGAACGAUACGCAACGCUCACAUCUCCUGAGGACUGUUCAAAGUUUCUGUUGUCACCCCGGGAACUAGCUAUCUGGGAGGGCCAGGGGAGGAGCCUGCUAUCAGCAGUUCCUGCCAAACUCAUCCCAUCGCCGGCGCUGUUUCGAACGGCUGGGGUGUCUGUGACCGUGCCCAUACCUGUGCCUGUGCCUGGCAGCACCAGCGACUACGCUGAGAUGGUGUGCAAGAGGAAGUGUUCAGAGGUGCAGAGGUGCACCCCCUGUAAGCAGCCGCGCUGUGCCUUUUCUGCCCCGGAUGGAGGGCUGGAGAACGGAGGAGUGGGAGGAGGCGGGGGAGAGGCCUCGUCGAACUCUGAAACCGGCCACUGCCACCUUCCCCUCUGUCCACUUCCUUCCUCCUCCUCUUCUUCUUCUACUUCAUCCUCCUCUUCCACCUCACCUGCCGAUGGCUGCUGUGGGUUGGGUCUUCAUGCCGAUUUCCCCCACAGUUCAGACUCGUCCCCUUGCUGCCCGCAUCACUAUGACGACUGCCAGGCGAGAGGUUCUGAUGCUGCUGCUGAUCACUUAAGUAUCAACCACCUGCCUUCCUCCAUCCUUCUUAAGGUGCUCUCACACUUGACGGUGAAGGAGCGCUGCCUCUGUGCCUCUCUGGUUUGUAAGUACUGGAGGGACCUCUGCUUGGACUUCCAGUUCUGGAAGCAAAUCGACCUCAGUGGCCUACAACAAGUAAAUGAUGAUCUCCUGGUGAAAAUAGCGUCUCGGAGGCAGAACGUGACAGAAAUAAACAUCUCGGACUGCCGUGGGGUCCACGACCAUGGUGUUUCUGCGCUGGCCUCCCACUGUCCAGGCCUGCAGAAGUAUACAGCCUACCGCUGCAAGCAGCUGGGUGACAUGUCUCUGUCGGCCUUGGCCACACACUGCCCUCUGCUGGUGAAGGUGCAUGUUGGAAACCAGGACAAACUAACGGAUGAAGCACUAAAAAAGCUGGGAGAGCACUGCAGUGAGCUGAAGGACAUCCACUUGGGUCAGUGCUACAGUAUCACUGAUGAAGGCAUGGUGGCCUUGGCUAGAGGAUGUCCUAAACUGCAGAGACUCUACUUGCAAGAAAACAAAUUGGUCACUGAUCGGUCCGUGCGAGCGGUUGCAGAGCAUUGUCCUGAACUGCAGAUUGUCGGCUUCAUGGGAUGCCCUGUGACGUCCCAGGGAGUCAUCCAUCUUACAGCACUACGUAAUUUGAGCGUCCUUGACCUGCGGCACAUCUCCGAGCUGAACAACGAGACGGUGAUGGAGGUGGUGAGGAAAUGUCGCAACCUCAGCUCCCUCAACCUCUGCCUCAACUGGAGCAUUAACGACAGGUGUGUGGAAAUCAUCGCCAAGGAGGGGAGAAGUCUGAAGGAGCUCUACCUUGUGUCUUGUAAAAUCACAGACCACGCUCUGAUAGCCAUAGGCCAGUACAGCAGUACCAUAGAGACCGUGGAUGCCGGCUGGUGUAAGGACAUCACAGACCAGGGAGCCACACAAAUCGCUCAGAGCAGCAAGUCCCUCCGCUACCUGGGCCUCAUGAGAUGUGACAAGGUGAACGAGGAGACCGUGGAGAGACUGGUGGUCCAGUACCCUCACAUUGUGUUCAGCACGGUGAUGCAGGACUGCAAGAGAACCCUGGAGAGAGCUUAUCAAAUGGGCUGGAGCCCCAACACAUCAAAUACUUCGUAGCUACUGCUGGAUCACACACACAAAUACACACACACACACACAAGCACACACACCUACAUAUGUACAUACACACACAAACACAUAGCUCCACAGAGGCCCUUUUUGUGUACAGACACACAUACACAAUAUUUGCAGCUCAGUCAUGUUUGCUUCUCAUUCACUGUUCAAACAUGCAUGUAGACAUGUAGCUACACACACAAGCACACAGACACACACAUACACGCACACACACACACACACACACACACACACACACACACACACACACACACACACACACACAGAUAAAGGUCCAGUCCAUCAACGGUUUCAUUUGAAGCAAAUCUCCCAUUUCAAUAAUUUAGGUAGAAUAUGGGCCUUAUUAAGUGAGACUUGAUACACCUACCAGCCAUAGGUUGCGUUCAACAUCUUGACUGAAUCAUCCUCAUCAUCAUUGGCUAUAAGUCAUCUGACAAUAUACUGUAUAUUUUUUUUAAAACAGAGUUGUUUUAGCGGAAAGCCAUGCUCUAACAACGGUUAUUUGAUAACAACUGUAAGUGAGUGUUACUCAGUUGAUAGUAUGAGUAUAAAACCUCAUUCAUUCAAAGUCCUCCACCUCGUCUCGGAUUGAGUGGAGGUAAAGAUGAAUGAGAAAGGUGGCGGUCCGUUCUAGAACAUGUGAAAAAGAUCUAAACAAACGCUUCAUCACAUCAAAGACUUUCAGUGAUGGUCGGAUCAGUAUGAAUGAAAAUACUUUAAAAAAGGUUUCUCGCCCCAACUGGAACAAAUCUUCCAGAGCACUGCACCCAUGUCAGCCCACUGAGGUGUUUACUUCCUCCGAACUGAACUCAACUGCUGCAGUGAUAUCGCACAAGACUGAGCAAAAGAUCUGGACAUGGGGAGACGACAUCACACCACUUCAGGGGCUGCAGGGGAUUCAGACCUCACAUGAGGCAUUUUGAGAAAUCGGUGAUGUUUAUUUUGUCUAUUUAGAACAUUUUUACUUUCUUGGAUGUCCAGUGCAGUGUUAAAGGAAUUUGUGGACUCAUACGUGUUGAGAUUGUUGACAAGGCUCCAUUUGAAGGAUAGAGCUCUUUGCUGUGACUUAAUAUGCACAUUGUCAUGGUACAAAUGAAAGAUUCAGGCCAGAAUCAGUCAACCCCCCUGAAAAAGGUAUGGCAGAAAAUAGCAUUUAUUAUUUCUCAAAAGCUGCAUGUUUAAAUCGAGAUGCUUAUCUUAUUUUUUCAGUUAAAGAGUUACUGUCUACAUAUGAUUGGAAGUUGAAAUUUACAUCUGUUUGACUUGGGAAGAAUGCUAUUUUUUGGUGCUAUACAUGGAUUUAGGGCUGACUGAGCAUCUCCUUGAGUCAUUACAGAAUGAAAAUUAAACCAUGCUUGAAAUAGAAGUUGCCUUUACCUAAAAACCUGGGGUCAUAUUAUAAGAAUAUUAACCACAACCACCAUGAUGACAGAUAAGAGGAAACAAUGCCUUAAGUGGUUAGUAGGUAAAUGCCAUCCAGUUAGCAACCUCGACCCAGAAUUUAAGAAAUGUUUAUCUUCUCUGAGUUUAUCAAAUACCAUAUUCCCAUUAUUUGAUCUGAUAUAUAUAUAUAUAUACAUAUAUAUAUAUAUUCACUGUGUGGGAUUUACUUAGCCUAUUCUUGGUUUUGAGCAUACACUUGUAACAUUAGCUAUGUAGCAAUGCAAUGAUGGAUUUAUCUUUCUUAGUGGUGUAGGAUGUAAAGAAAAAACACUGGCCUGGGUGUAUGAUGAGGGCCAGUAGAAGUUGGUAGGUGAGAGUUGAUCAUUUUUCAUCUAUUCUAUAGAAACUCAGUAAUGUACAGUUGAAAAUGCAAAUAACCAGGGUAUUUUUCUACGGUGUGAACCAGCUCUGGGCUCAGCCUCUACACAAUCUGUCACUCAGAUAUGAACAAUAACUUACUGAGCUUAGGGUUUGAGUAUAACUGUAAGCUUUCUACAGCAGAUUUCAGAUAAUUAAAAACACAUUCAUUUUACCCUUGUCAGGAUUUGUAGACUUAAUGGAUGGAGUUUCUCCCUCAGCCUGUUUUUGUUCUGUUUCUGUUCUUUUGUAAUCCCCAUACGCACUUUCUCCUCUGCUAGAUGUUGACACUUGAUUCCUGAUUUGUUAAGGCAACCGUAAAUGACUGGAUUUACAUAAAGAUGAAUAAAACACUACUACUUCAA